AUGAGCGAGGAUGAAGGGCGCACUAGCAGCGCCAGGGGCGCGCGGAACGGCGAGAGGCCUGUGUUGCGCUCUCCCCGGGGGCGGGGGGGCGGAAGCGCAAGCGCAACUCCCACCGGCAGAGGCGGAGCGCGGAUUCCCCAGUCCCCUAGAAACCCGCCGUUUGAUCUCCGCUCCCGCACCCCCCCGCCUGGAAAUUUCGCCGGGUUUGGGCGGGGUGGCGGAGCGGAAGGGGUAGGGGGAGUGUUGCGCGUGUCUAGCGCAGGGGAAGGCGUAGGCGCAGUUGUACGGAUGGAGGGCGCGCCCAGUUGGCGGAAGGGGCAGGGGGGAACCGAAUUUGGCGGAACGGCGGGUCAGGGGAACGUGCGCCUGAGCGGGUUAGGGGGAGGCGUUGGCGGAGGGGGGUUUGCGCGCAGCCGUGAUGGCGGCGCGGGUUUGCGCCGAACGCACUCGGUGGAAUCGAAAACCGCGAUACUGGACAUGUUCUUAUCGGAUGACGGUGAGGACGGUAUCGAGGAUACACGAAGACUUGCACCACAGCAGCAGCCGCUGCAGGGGCACGCGGCGAGGGAAUUUGCAAGAGGCAGGAGAACCGCAGGAUCUGAAUCUUGGAGUGCAUCCGACGACCGAGCUUUCGCGAACCUUCGGCAGCAGCAGCAGGGACAGAGCGGCGGUGGCGGCGGCGGCGGCGGCGGCCUUGCCCGGUCCGCCCUAAAGGGCAUGGCGCACGCGCUCUCCCCCAUGCGCGGAGGCCGCGCGGGGAACCUAAGGGCGGGAGCGGGGGGAGGACCCGGGGGAGGUCUCGGCGGAACUCUAGGCGGCGCAACGGCAGGCGGAGGAUUGGGGGAAGGGCUGCGCCGAACCAUCUCCCUGCAGCCCGGGCUAGCAAGAACCGGAGGUAGUAGGGUAGGCGGCGGAGGGGGAGGCGGAGGGGGAGGCGGAGGGGGAGCGGGAGGGGGAACGGGAGGGGGAGGGGGGACAGCAGGGGGGCCGAGAGGCGGGGGAGGCGGGAUGGGGAACCCGAUGAACAUGGCUGCUGGAUUUGGAAAGGCUAUUGGCGGAGGGCUCAAAAAGGCGGGCGCUACAGUAGGAGACGGGUUACGCAGAGUCUCCACUGUAGCUCCCGCGUCCUCGUCAAUGGAUGAUCCGUUAGGGCAGUCGUUUCACGAGGUGUCCAACAAGCCGUCAUCUUCUUCUGACCGUCAGCUAAGAGAAGCCGUAUCGUCUCUCCGAUCGCUCCUUAGGAAGCAGCCUGCGGCGAAGGACAUCACGGUGGAGUGCGGUGGAGUGCGGCUCAUUGUAGAUCUGCUCUCUGCUUCUGAUGCGAAAACGCAGGAGCAUGCAGUUUCGUGCCUGCUGCUGGUGUCUUUAGUGAAAGGAGUAGCUGGGGAGAUAGCAGUGUGCAACGGGGUGAAGCAGCUAGUGAACUUGCUUCAAAGCGGCACUGUAGCUUCGAAAGAAGGCGCCGCAGCAGCGCUUUUCACUCUGUCGGUUAGCGAGUCGCUUCUUAUGGAGGUAAGGGGGAGCGGGGCGGUGCCGCUGCUGCUGGAUGUGCUUAAAACGGGGUCCACUAGAGGGAGAAAAGACUCAGCCCUUGUGUUAUUUAAUGUAUCGAGAGACGCGGAAGGGGCGUUGGAGUUGGUUGAAGCGGGAGCGGUGGAAGUGCUUUUAGAGGUGCUUGCUUAUAAAGAGUCGGGUUUGGAAGAGAAAGCAAUGGCGGUGCUGGCUAAUAUCUGCCGAUUGAAAGAGGGCCGGGCUAGGCUUGUAACAGCAGACGGAAAAGGCUGGGUCAGCGGUGGUAGUAGUGGUGGUAGUGGCAAUGGUGGCAGUGGUGGCAGUGCGGCUCGCCAAGAGCUCAAGAGGACUCUAUUAUGA